GAAGUCACUGUUUGGACUGUUCCCUUAUAAUCCAAAUAUGAUUGGACUAGAAUCACUUGCCGACCCCUCAGACACCUGGGAAAUUAUUGACACCAUUGGAAAAGGUACUUACGGAAAGGUUUACAAAGUCAAUAACAAGAAAGAUGGCAGUCUGGCUGCUGUGAAGAUCUUGGAUCCGAUAAGUGAUGUUGAUGAGGAGAUUGAGGCAGAAUAUAACAUACUGCAUUCACUUCCAAAUCACCCAAAUGUGGUCAUGUUUUAUGGAAUGUAUUAUAAAGCUGAUCAGUAUGUUGGAGGACAACUUUGGCUUGUUCUAGAGCUGUGUAAUGGUGGAUCUGUUACCGAUCUGGUGAAAAGCAUGCUGAACUGUGGACGAAGACUGGACGAAGCCACAAUCUCCUACAUUCUGUAUGGGGCCUUACUGGGUCUCCAGCACUUGCACAAUAAUAGAAUCAUCCAUCGUGACGUGAAAGGGAACAAUAUACUUCUGACAACAGAAGGAGGAGUCAAGCUGGUUGACUUUGGGGUCUCCGCUCAGCUUACCAGCGCACGUCUCCGCAGAAAUACAUCUGUGGGCACACCUUUCUGGAUGGCACCAGAGGUCAUAGCCUGUGAACAGCAGUAUGAUUACUCGUAUGAUGUGCGCUGUGAUGUCUGGUCCCUGGGGAUUACAGCCAUUGAAUUGGCUGAUGGAGACCCGCCUUUGUCUUCCAUGCAUCCAGUCAAAGCUCUGUUCAAGAUUCCCAGGUACGCCACAAGAUGGCUCUCUUGAUUCAUUGGGUAGUCAGUCAAGCUUAGAAAUAAAUUUGAAAAUUCACUUUGUAUUAAAAUAGCUGAAAAAGCCAAUGACAAAACAGAUAGGAAGUAAUGAAUUGACACGUUCAUGGCGUAUUUGAAUGCUGUUUCCCAUAAUCCCCUUCUGUAGUUUAUCUUUGGUGUACAAUGGCAGGCAGCAGUUGGGCGAGGAACGUGGAACAUAGGUUACUAUUAUUUCUGUACGGUUCUGCAACAAAGACGUAUUGUGUAUUUGAAGCGAAAUAAUUAAAUGGUUACCGGAAAUUGAUUUAUAUUUUUAUUCAAGUUCAGAAAGCAAUAAUGUAGUGAUGCUCAUAGCUGUAAUAUUCUAAGGACCAGGACAUUUUG